AUGUUGAAGUUGGAGUCACCGGAGGUCCGAAUGUCCCUGCCGCUGGAGCCCCGGGCGCCAGACCCCUCGGCCCUGGCGGCCUACUGGGCGGAGUAUGAGGACCUCUGCCGGCAGAUCAGCGCUGCGCACCAGAACGAUGAAGACGAUAACCACUACGAAGAGGGCGAGUUGGAGACGGAGUGGCUGCAGGCGGCGGGGCUGGGCUCGCUGGCGGCGCCGUUCCAGGCGGGCCUGGAGGUGACCGAGGCGCAGCUGGGCGAGGCGGUGCGCCCCCUGCCGAGGGAGCAGGCGGCCGCGGUGAGGAGGCGCGUGCGCAGGCUCAACCGCACCGUGCGGAGGAAGCGCGCCGCCUCCAGGGCCAAGAAGCCCGACAUCAGGGACGUGUUCCGCGACGUCGAGAACUCGAGCGGCAGCGAGCCUAGGUCGCGCAGUGCGACCCCCGACUCUCUGGACUCGCUGCCCAGCGGUGGAUCCGGCAGCCCAGCGACGGAGUGGGCCGACGCGGCCACACCGCCCGACUUUGUGUCGACUUUCGCCAACGGCGACGGCUUCCCGACCGCGGCGCACGGCCCGCUGUCGCGCACCCCCUCCGCGCCCGCGCCCCGCCGCGCGCGCCUCUCCCCGCCCGCCCACUCCCCGCCCCGGGGGCACGACCUCUUCAAGCCCAACGACCUGCACUGGGCCGACAUCGCCUCCAACACAGAGGGAAUAGAACUUCUGGGUUACCAGAGGUACGGCACAGUCCAGGGGCCGAGGAUUGGCAAGGAGCGCAUCAACGGAUCCAUCCUCAAGGAUAGCGAUCCCUUCGUCAACAAACAUGCGCCAGUAUCGAGAGCCAAGAGCGCCGUAUCUUCGCAACAGCCGCUCAGCUUCGAGCACAAGUUCAACCUUGACCGGCAGGUGCUGCACCACGACGAGGAAUGGCCUGAAGAGGACAGCACAGUCGACAUUGAAACCGUGGGCGAGCCGAUGCUGAAGAAGCUGCAACCGCUUCUCUGGCUCGAGCUGACCGCACUCUUCGACCGCUACUCGCUGCCCUUCCACAAGAGGAAGCCGCCAAAGAAGAAGAGGAAAGAAGAGGGCUCCGUGUUCGGCGUCUCGCUGGAGACGCUGCUCCGCAAGGACAUGAUCCUGUGGGAGGAGACGUGGAGCUCGGUGCCCAGCGUGCUGCGCGCCGUCUCCUCCGCGCUGCAGGCGCGCUGCGCCGACGAGGGCCUGCUCAGGGUGCCAGGCAACAAGCACAAGGUGGAGGCCCUGUGCCAGCUGGUGGAGAGGGAGUGGUACCGGUCCCGGGGCGAGGUGGAGGCCGCGCUGCGGCGCGCCGCCGGCCACGACCUGGCCGCGCUCUACAAGCGGCUGCUGAGGGCCCUGCCCCAGCCGCCGCUCACGCAGGAGCUCAUGCGCCUCUUCUACCACACCUACGCGCUGUCGGGCAGCGCGCAGGCGCGCGCGCUGAACCUGCUGGUGCUGCUGCUGCCGGGCGAGCAGCGCGCCACGCUGCGCGCCGUGCUGCGCCUCGUGGGGGAGGUGGUCGCGCGUAGCGACACCAACAAGAUGGGCGAGCACAACGUCGCCAUGAUCAUCGCGCCCGCGCUCUUCCCGCCCAGCCUGCUGAUAAAGCCGACGGACAGCCUGGAAACGCAGCUGGCCACGGCGGCGAACAGCUGCCACGUGACGGAGGCGCUGAUGCGGUGGCACGAGCGGCUGUGGCUGGUGCCGGCCUCCUUGCUGGCCGCCGCCCAACGCAAGCCGCGCUCCAGGCACCAGCACACC